ACUCAUCAUUUCUCGCCGUGCGUCGUUCCGAGUCGGUCGCAUUUACGUGGUUUCUAGUGCAUCAUCCUCAUCGGUCAGGCUUAACUUAAGUGACUUUCUCUCGGACGGUUCAAAGUGCGGCCACGGUGUUUUCCCCCGAGGAUUUUAGUUUCGUUCGAUUGAUUUUCAACCACUCACACAAUGGCCUACCAGCUGACCAAGCUCGGUGCGACGGGCAAUCUCGCCAAAACCGCCCUCCGCUCGCUCAGCACCACCAGCGCCGUGUACGAGCCGCGCAAGCUCCCCGACAAAACCGGCCACAAUGUGGUCCUGGUGGACGGUGUCCGAACGCCGUUCCUCCUGUCCGGCACCAGCUACUCCAAGCUGAUGCCCCACGAGCUGGCCCGCCAGUCGCUGCUCAGUUUGCUGCAAAAGACCAAGCUGGACAAGGAGGUGAUCGAUUACAUCACGUACGGAACCGUCAUCCAGGAGGUCAAGACGUCCAACAUUGCCCGUGAGGCGGCGCUGUCCGCUGGGUUCAGCAACAAAACGCCGGCCCACACCGUCACGAUGGCUUGCAUCAGCUCGAACGCGGCCAUCACGACGGGCAUGGGACUGAUCGCGACGGGGACGUACGAUACGAUCGUUGCGGGGGGUGUGGAGUUCAUGUCGGAUGUUCCGAUUCGUCACAGCCGGAAGAUGCGCUCGUUGAUGUUGCGUGCCAACAAGGCGAAAACCGUUGGCCAGCGGCUGCAGCUGCUGUCGUCGAUUCGGCCGGACUUUUUCGUGCCGGAACUGCCCGCCGUGGCGGAAUUCUCCUCCGGUGAAACCAUGGGCCACUCGGCGGAUCGUCUGGCGGCGGCCUUCAACGCGUCCCGCCAGGAACAGGACGACUACGCGCUGCGAUCCCACACCCUGGCCAAGGAGGCUCAGGACAAGGGCUACUUCACCGAUCUGGUGCCGUUCAAGGUGGCCGGAGUGGACAAAACCGUCGACAAGGACAACGGAAUCCGCGUCUCGUCGAAGGAAGCCCUCGCCAAGUUGAGGCCCGCCUUCGUCAAGCCGUACGGAACGGUCACGGCGGCGAACGCCUCGUUCCUCACCGACGGUGCCUCCGCCUGUCUCAUCAUGACCGAGGCCAAGGCGAAGGAGCUGGGACUGCGCCCGAAGGCGUAUCUGCGGGACUUUUUGUACGUCUCGCAGGAUCCGAUCGACCAGCUGCUGCUGGGACCGGCCUACGGAAUCCCGAAGCUGCUGAAGAAGGCCGGACUCACGCUGAAGGACAUCGACUCGUGGGAGAUCCAUGAGGCGUUUGCCGGCCAAAUCAUCGCCAACCUGAAGGCCCUCGACUCCGACUACUUCUGCAAGAACUACCUCGGACUGAGCGAGAAGGUCGGCACGCCGGACCUGUCCAAGUGGAACAACUGGGGCGGUUCGCUCUCGAUUGGCCACCCGUUCGCGGCCACCGGCGUCCGGUUGUGCAUGCACACGGCCAACCGAUUGGUGCGCGAAAAUGGCCAACUCGGCGUGGUGGCGGCAUGUGCCGCCGGAGGCCAAGGAGUGGCUAUGCUGCUCGAGAGGCACCCGGAAGCGAACGCGGAUUAGAUCGAGCGAAUGUGACUGAAUUAUUAUUGUUUAUUUAGUAAUGGUUUAUUUAGUGCGGCAUUUGUUUUUUUUUUCGUUCGUUUCGGUACGGCAGUGUCUGUUUAAUUUUUCAUCGUAGUUAUUUGUGUAAAAAUGGUGCUCGAGAAAAAGAAAGCAGAGAUUUUGCAUCCCACCACAUCCAACCAACCAACCAACGGGGUAAGGUUUAACGACAAUCCCUUUUUUGUUAUUUUCUUAUUUACACCCAACAAUUUUCAAGCUAAUAAGUUUAAAAGUGAAGUAACUAUCAUGUUUAUCUUUAUGGUUUUUAUUGAAUAAUGUGUAACAUUUUGA